UGAGGCCCUGGCUUCUAUCCCCAAUAUAAAAAUUAAAAAGGUAAAAUUUUAUUUAUCAAAGAUAGUACAAAAAUCUUUCUCUACUGUCUUUGACUUAGUUUCCCUGAAUGUUAACAACAGUAUUUUUAUAACUGCCUUUCAUUAUUAAUGUGCUUUUUUCCAAACUAGACAUAAACAUCUCUCCAUUACUAUUAAAUAACUCUUGACUUUACUUGCUUUCCAGAGUUUGCCCAUACCAUCCUUUUUCUAUCGGAAAGAGGAGGUUCCCACCCAGAAGCCCACAUUCCAUUUAGCCAUUGAGUCUCUGCUCCUCGACAGUUUCUCUUUUGCUGUUGCUUUUUGCUUGGAAGAACCCAGGGCCUUGUACUUGCCAGGCAAACACCCUAUCACUGAGUUACACCCCCCCAAUACCUCCUAGCUUUUCUUGACCCUGAAAGACUGAUGGAUUGGUCAGGUAUUUGUAGAAUGUCCAUCACUUGUGUUUGCCUGAUAUUGCUCUCAUAAUCAGACUGGGGUGGCAGGAUUUCGGGAAGAGGGUCGAUUGCAUCUCAUCAUGUCAGGGCUAUCCACAUGACUUACCACUGGUGAUAGUGGCCUUGAGGGUGUGGGGAAGGUAGUGACCUUCAGGUUUCUCCAUUGGAAAGAAGAAAUCCGCAUCCUGUCCUGCAGACUGUACAGUUAGUAGGACCCCAAUUGAGGAUGAGGAAGGGGGACCAACAAGAGGAAGGUGCCUGGAGUCAACACUACCACUGAAUUGGAAGCACCUGGGCAAGUGUGCCAGGUUAGCACUGGCGCUCACUACUCAGCCUGCCAAACCCCCAUGGGUUUUAGAUACAUUAUCAGGCAGAGGACAAGAGUGGCCAGAACAACUGUCACUUCUGGUAGCCAAUUUAGGAAAAAUAUUUGAAAACCUCCUUGGUUCUCCCAUCCCUCGAUAUCACUGUAUACUUCUAUUCAACUUAUGCAUCUAACAUGUCUCUCAGCUGCUUGCUUCUUUACAUAGCUUCUCUUAUCUUCUAAAGCACCAAUUCUCUAAUAAUCCAGCAAAUACAUUGCAAAGGUCUAUGCAAAACUCCUUAUUUCACUGUUGUUUUGUUUCACUUAGUUUGAUACAAUGAGGGGUGUGUGGCAAUUAUGGACUGAGGACUGGUCACCUGUUCUUGUAAAUAAUGGAUUAUUGGCACACCACCAUGUCCAUUCAUUUACCUACUACAUAUGGCUUCUCUGUCUCUAACAGUUCAGUAAUUACAGAUUAUUUGACCCACAAAAGCUAAAACACUCUUCAAGGAAAUUUUCUGGCCUCUUACAAUACACUAAAGAAAUGUCACCAAGUUGGGGAUGGUAGUGCAUACCUGUGCAAUUCCAACUACUCAGGAGGCCCAGACAGGAGGAUUGCAAGUUUGAGGCCAACUUGGGCAAUUUAGCCAGACCCUGUCUCAAAAUAAAAAGGGCUAUGGGUGUAUCAGAGCAAUAGAGCAAUUGCCUAGUAUAUGCAAGGGCCUAGGUUCCAUACCCACACAUGAAAGGAAGAAAAGGAAAAAAGAAAAAAAGAAAUGUCACAAGCAAGAGAGCCUUACAUUCUAUACCUGGUGACUAUGUGUUUAAUCAAAGGCAAAACAGAAAGACACACACACACACACACCCCAACCAAAAUAAGCAAGCAAGCAAGAAAAGUCCAUUACAUUUAAACCAUCAGGUCCCACUCAGAAGAAUUAACUUAGGCACAUUUUCAACAUUUGUGUCUUUCAGAGAUCCUGAUGCCGAGAGGUGUGCUAUAGAAUGAACCUCAGAGAAUGUUUCUGAAGGGGUGAGGCGAGGCGAUGCUGGUCGCCCACAUACUAGCUCUAACUGCAGGCCAAGUCCCUGAGGUUAAUGUGGAUUUCCUAUUCCCUGUUCCUGGCCACUUGAGUGACGGGAUUAUCAUUCGCUCUACGGUGUGGCUGGGAUUCCCAGAUUUCGUUGAAAACAUCAAUGAUGGGAAUGGAACAGACAUUUGGCCUGCUGCUUUCUGCGUGGGGAGCGCGAUGUGGAUCCAGUUGUUGUACAGUGCCUGUUUCUGGUGGCUCUUCUGCUACGCGGUUGACGCCUAUCUGGUGAUAAGGAGAUCGGCAGGACUGAGCACCAUCGUGCUGUACCACAUCAUGGCCUGGGGCUUGGCCGUCCUGCUCUGCGCGGAGGGAGCCAUCAUGCUGUACUACCCCUCUGUGUCCAGGUGUGAGAGGGGCCUUGACCAUGCCAUCCCCCACUACAUCACCACGUACUUGCCACUACUGCUUGUCCUGAUGGCUAACCCUGUCCUGUUCCAAAAGACAGUGACUGCAGUGGCCUCUUUACUGAAAGGAAGACAAGGCAUUUACACAGAGAACGAGAGACGAAUGGGAGCUGUGAUCAAGAUUCGCUUUUUCAAAAUAAUGCUGGUUUUAAUCUCUUGUUGGCUGUCCAAUAUCAUCAAUGAAAGCCUUUUAUUCUACCUUGAAAUGCAACCAGACAUUGAUGCAGGCUCUUUGAAACGUGUCAGAGAUGCAGCCAAGACCACAUGGUUUAUUAUGGGGAUACUGAAUCCAGCCCAGGGGUUCCUCUUGUCUCUGGCCUUCUAUGGCUGGACAGGAUGCUGCGUGGGUUUCCAGCCUCCUAAGAUGGUGAUCCAGUGGGAAUCCAUGACGACUUCGGCUGCCGAGGUGGUGGGCUCCUGUGUGCCCCGUGAAAACCUCACUUGCAGGAAGGUGGCUCCUGUUGGGGGCCACACUUCUGAUGAGGCCCUGAGCAUGCUGUCAGAAGGUUCUGAUGCCAGCACCAUUGAAAUCCACACCACAAGUGAGUCCCACAAGGAAAAUGAAGUUGACUUGGCUCGUCAAACUCAAGGACACCUGUGAAGAGAUGUGACCUGGCUCUGGACCCCAUAGUCCUCACACUCUACACAUUCCUUGUUCUUUAGAAUUGGGUCCUUGCUCUCCCCUCACUGCGUGGUUGAAGUGUAGCAUCUCCCAAGUCCCACUCUCAGUACUGUGCUAGAGUUUCCUCCUGAGGACCCUCUUUGUGCCAGGAGACGCCAUCCACAUGCACGUGCUUGGGAAUGGAGGAAUUCCUUCUAGACCACUCCUCUCGACUCUUAGCUGGCAUUAGUUUUUCUGAGGCUGGCUGUAAUGUGAAGUGCAAGAUUCAUGUCUUCAGGGGAAGUAGUUACCUAAAAUAAAGUAAUUGCCACCGAU